AUGGGAAGUGCUCUGAAAGAUCUGGGUAAGCGUUCGAAUUGUCCUUUUUUGUUUUAUUUCGAAUUUUUAUACUUUUACUUUUUUUCGAAUUCGAAGCCACUGUAG